GCUGUCAAAUAUGCCCGCAUCAUGUCUCGCCGUGUAACUUCCUUGCAGACUCUUAUUGAAGAGAAUUACUCCAAAAAAUGCAACUUUCUCAAUCGCUGGCGCAGGCAUUCGAUCCUGUUGGCUUGUAUUUCCUCUGGUUUCCUUUACCACAGAUACAUUGCUCUUCCUCAACCUCCUGUUCCCAAGAGUUCCUAUAAAUCGCGCACUAGCGUAAUUCCACUUCCACCUGAUCAUGUUAUGUUUGCGGCCAAUGAACCUGCUAAGGAUUCGCGGACGGAACGGCUGCUAACGUUACGAAACGCGGUCGAAUCAGAGCUGCCGUUGCUUUUUGAAAGACGGUUGUCGGAUUUUUCUUCUACUUUUAUGGAUCCGGGUACUAUUGUGCUUGUGGAAAGGAAAAACGGGGUAACUCAUACAAUUAGAAACCACUCGUUGGCGAAUACGGCUCUAUUUUCCAUCCGGCUCUACUGUCUAGCACGCUCAUCUUAUCGCCGCGUUGAGAUUCUGAAUAUAUUUUCCGAUCCGGAGAAAUGGAUCUUGGAAGUCAAUCUGCGUGUCGUUCUCCUUCCUUCUCCGUCUCUGCGAGAGUCCCGUCUUCCUCCUGAUUUGCUUCUCCAGAAGCUAGAGUCAAAUGCUCGGUGGCAUGAGUUUCGCAUAACUUUCCACGUUUCGGAAUCGGCUGAGGUCUCUCAGAUUCGAAUCACAAAGUUCGUCCCACCCCAACGUCCUUCGGAGGCAAUUCGAAGCUUGAGGCCACUUUCUUUCUUCAGGCGCCUCAGUCCCGCUCUUCCAAGUGCGCGUCGUUUGCCUUCGCCCACCCCAUUCGUCCUACUACAAGAACUGUUGUUGUCGGAAUUGGACUCUCCGUCUGUUCAUCAGCCUUUGAGCUUCUUCGACAAGGCGGUUAUGUUGUCUCCAAGCCCAUUGCCUCUAGAUACUCCUUCAGUAAUUGCAGAACACUGUUUCUCGUCCAGGAAACUUCUACACAGUAGUUCACCUCAGACGCCGAUCCACACUUUGAUUUCAUUCGACCACCUCAUUGCACCCGACACCAAGCCAAUCUUAAUAAUGUCGACUUCGACUGCCUGCAUCUCGCACAUCAUUUACCUCAGCUUAUUUCAAUAUCCUUCUCACCUCCCUUUCCAAUGCUCUGUUACACCCAGUUUGCAAUAUUCUUCCCCCUCGUGUUCAGAGCAUGACUCACGAUGCAGCUUGCUCCAUUCGGCCCGAUAUCGGUCUGUACAAACCUCAAAUCCCUCAUUCUUUAUACCCUUGCUCUCAAAGCUUUUACACGAUCUCCCAGCAUUCACGUUUACCUGCAUAUCACCGACCCAAUUAAGGAGAAUUUACUUGCGCCACUGAUUCAAAUUCCCCCGCCCCUUGCUUUUUAUAGAGGAAUAGUUAUUUCCCCUUACGGUUUAACGCUGGAAAACGUAGUUAGCAUUUUUCUUAUGGUACCCAUUGCUGUGCAAAUGCACUAGUUUUCUUUGAGCUCAUACUCCUAACUAUUCCAUAGGAAGUUAUGUUGUCAGCACAAUAUUCGCGAAUUUCGGACUUUCCUUUAUCCCCUUUCAUUACUGCACUGUGCACGUAUAUUCGGCGCGACCGGACGAUGUGAACUCUGUGGGCGUUAUUUUGUUGGUUACCUUCAGCACGACAAUAGUCAAAUCAAGAAAAUGCGUUACGCACCCAAACAUGCACU